UCGUUAACGGUCACUUGUAACGGAUAACAAUUUGAGUGUCUCAGUUUCAGGAUAAUGUACAUCAUGUUGAAAGUAAAAAACUGGAAAUUGGUACUUAGUAUAUACGUAUUCACUCUCGUUUGCAUAAUACAAGACACAGCGGCCUAUACGCGCGAGAUUGUUAACAAUAAGCCACCAUUGCAAAAGAGACCAUCUUGGUUGCAUACCUGCAAGCGUUCCAAUCCUAAUGAGAACAAAUGCUUUCGCAGUUUUUUUGAAGGAUGCUUUCCUGCUUUGGCCGCUGGCAUACCGGAGAUUGGAGUGAAAAGUUUUGAGCCACUUAAUAUCGACCAAGUGUCCGUGAGCAAAGGUAGCGGUAAUUUAGUUUUAUCCGGUGGAUUUCAAAAUCUAGUGAUACGAGGUCCCUCAAAUGCCACAGUGAGAAGAGCUAGUCUGGAUCUGGAGCGGCGUCACUUGAAUUUUGAAUUGGAAUUGCCACGUUUGCGCAUACGAGCCAAAUAUAAUCUUAAAGGUAAUAUUUUGCUCUUACCAUUAAUUGGUAAUGGAGAUGUGGCCAUGGCUUUAAAGAAUGUCCACACGAAUGUCUUCACAAAAAUAUCGCUAAUAAAUGAGACUCAAACCGGUGAUGAGAUUAUUCACAUCGACGAUAUGAAAGUUAGUUUCGAAGUGGGCGCCAUGCGAAUUCAUCUUAAAAAUCUUUUCAAUGGCAAUGACAUACUGGCUGCAUCGAUCAAUACGUUUCUAAAUCAGAAUGGCAACGAAGUUAUAGCUGAACUAAGGCCUGAUCUCGAGCUCGGCUUGGCUGACAUAUUCCAUGGCCUGUGGAACAAUGUCUUCUCAAAAAUACCCACUAAACUGUGGCUAGUCUAAGCUAUAGCCAUUGCAUAAUACAUUCAGUACAUUAAUUUAAUUUAUUCUGCACUUACAAAAAUAUGAUUAAAUCAACAUAUAAACGUA